AUGAAGCAACUUAAUCCCUUCAUUUUUUGUCUUGUGGAGACGCGGGCUGAUAAUUCUAGAUUGGAUAUUUUCUGCUCUAAGCUUGGUCAAAAAUGGGCGUGGGCCGCCAUUGCUGCGGAUGGCUUCUCUGGGGGUUUAAUAGUUAUUUGGCAAAAACAGCUUGGGAAGGUCUCUCCUCUGGCCAGGUCUAGGUAUGUUUUACAUUUGGUAGUUACUAAUGUUAAAAAUGAGUCUUGGAUCCUCUCUACAGUGUACAACUCGAAUCAUUAUCAAGUUCAAACCACCGUGUGGUACGAAUUAUCCGGUAUUGCUUCUCUUAACUUACCUUGGAUCCUUAUAGGAGAUUUUAAUACUAUUGCUUCUCUUGAUGAGUUUCAGGGUGGCUCACGUAGCUACUAUCGGCGCAAGGCCCGUGUAUUCUCAGAUUUUAUUUCCGUUAACAAUCUUUUUGACGUGAACUAUACAGGUUCUAGAUUUACUUGGUGUAAUAAUCAAUAUGGUGUUGCUAGGAAAUGGGCUCGACUUGACAGAUGUCUUAUCAAUUCCUGUUGUGCUGCUCACCUUGAUUUAUUAGAGGCUGAGGCGUUGGACAUCUUAAAUGGUUAUGAUCGUGUCUCUUCUAAUUAUCUUAAUGCUUUGUAUAAUAAGUUGGCUGCUCUCUAUCGCCAAAGCUCCUCCAAAUGGGCUCAAAGGGCCAGGCACAUGUGGGUUCUUUGUGGAGAUCAGAAUACCAGCUUUUUUCAUAAUAUCAUUCGUUCCCGUAAUCAUUAUAAUGCCAUUUCUGUUAUCACUGAUACUAGUGGGAAUUGUUUUACUGAUCAAAAGGAUAUUGAGACUGUUUUCAGUAAUUCUUUUUACUAA